CGCACUUCCUGUUCCGGUGUCGGGAGGAGUCGCGCGCGGCUGGGCUUAGUGUUGCCGCCGUCUCUGCUGUGGUCCGUGAAGUUAGCGCUCCACUCUUCGGUACCUGCUUCCCUCACGCCCAUCGCCGCUCCUCGGCCUCGCUGCGGGUUCGGAUCUAGUCGGAAAAUGUCUGAAGAGUUUUCGUUGGCAGAUGCACUGCCUGACCACUCCCCUGCCAAAACUUCUGCUGCGAGUAAUACAAAACCUGGCCAACCUCCUCAAGGUUGGCCCAGUUCCAAUCCUUGGAACAACCCAAGUGCUCCACCUUCUAUGCCAUCUGGACUCCCACCAAGUGCAACACCCUCCACUGUGCCUUUUGGACCAGCACCAACAGGAAUGUAUCCAUCUGUGCCUCCUGCUGGACCUCCUCCAGGACCCCCUGGCCCCUUUCCUCCUUCUGGACCCUCAUGUCCCCCUCCUGGUGGUCCUUAUCCAGCCCCAGCUGUACCAGGCCCUGCUGGGCCAUAUCCUACACCAAAUAUGCCCUUUCCAGAGCUUCCGAGACCAUAUGGUGCUCCAACAGAUCCAGCUGCAGCUGGUCCUUUAGGUCCAUGGGGAUCCAUGUCUUCUGGACCUUGGGCACCAGGAAUGGGAGGGCAGUAUCCCACCCCUAGCAUGCCAUAUCCAUCUCCAGGGCCAUAUCCUGCACCUCCUCCCCAAGCACCGGGGGCAGCACCACCUGUUCCAUGGGGCACUGUUCCACCAGGAGCCUGGGGACCACCAGCACCAUAUCCUGCCCCUGCAGGAUCAUACCCCACACCCGGACUCUAUCCCACUCCAAAUAAUCCUUUUCAAGUGCCUUCAGGACCUUCUGGUGCUCCACCAAUGCCUGGUGCCCCCCAUUCUUACCAUUAAACGAUGGAAGGAAGAGAUGAUGUUUUGCUUUAUGAAGUACAUAUAUGCACAUUAGUGCAUAUAUUAAAAUUGAUGGUUUCACUAAGAGGGCAUUCAUGAAGAACAACCCUUGCAGCUCUCAGUGAAGAUUAUCUGCCUCUUGUACUUGGAUGCAUAGUACAUCAGAUGACUACAAUCAGAUAAAAAUGUAAAUCAUUCAAAUGUGAUUUUAUUUGGUUUUAUGGAAAGUCAAAGUGAUUGCAUUUAUUGAAUAGUUCUUUGAUACAAUUUGUUCAAUACAAGUUUUCCAGUUUGUUUAAAUUAUGGAACUGCACACUUAAAUAUCUAAAAUGAUGUGGACUGUUAAGAACUUACAACUUCAUUGGGAAUUUUUUUUUCUAUUCUCCAAAAUAAAGGAAAAUAAUCACAUUGUCAUAAUUUAAGCAAAUUAUGCCUCAACCUUUUCUGAACUCCUCUAGAUAUGGAAUAAAUAAACCUGACCCUGGGGGAGUUAUAUUUUGCAUAUAUAUGUUUUUAAUUUGUGAUAUUUGUCAGAAUUGAGUUGUUAGCCAGGCAGUGUUCCACUUUUAUUGAGCUUUCAGAUCUCAAUUUUGAGUUCUACCAAUUUGUUUUCUUUUUAGCCAAAGGGGUGAUUCAAUUCUAAAAUUUGAUGUUUAUGGAAGCUAACUUUUUAAUGCAGGCUCAUAUGUGUGUAAAUUAUUUUCUUAGAGAAUUGGUACUUAGAGAAUGAUUUAGAAUAUAUUACAUUGAUACUGCUUUUGGAAGAGCUCAAGGGAGGAAGUCAUGCUCCUUUGUCUUUCUACAUUUGAACUUCAAACUAGAGGAAACCCUGGAAAUUGCUUCAUGAUGACAGGUAGUUUGCAUUCCCACAAAACUUAUCUGCCCAGAGCAUUCCAUGCAGCCCAUCUCCCUCUUCCUGGGUACUUUGGAAGAAGCACAUCUCUUACUUCUCCCUGCUAGGGACACUGGCACAUCUCGGGGUCUACAUGAACACAUAUAGCAAUUAUGUUUGGAGAACUUGUACCACACAGCCAUGACUGUUGUCUUUGUACAAGUUUGAUCAAAAAUAUGUAUUUGAGUCUAGUUAUGUCCUCCUUGGUUUAUAAAGUGCUUAUGGCCAACAGUUCUGUUCUGUAUUUGUUCACAGGUAAAUAAGUAGAAUUGAUGCCAUCCUUAAAGAUUUCUCUUAACGCUGAAAAUAAUAAGAUGUAAUUUAAAGCUGAGUUUAAAGCAAUGAUUGUGAUACUAAAAUUAGUAUUGUUUAUAACCGCGGGAUUAGCACAAGAAGCUUUUUGGACUCUUGGAUUAAUUUGAUUUUUUGUUUGUGUUCUUUAGUUUUGGGGGCCAUGCCUGGCAUUGCUUGGAGGUUGUUCCCUUCUGUGCAUGGGUACCUUGCCAGUUUGGGGGCAUCUAACCCUGGCCUGCUGCAUGCAAAGUAAACUUUAUUUGAAUUACUCCCCACCCAUAUUAUUAGAUUUGAAAUAGAACUCACCAUGUUCUUUGUCAGUUGAUUAUUUUGAAACUUUGUGUUCACUGGGUUACUAAAAAUCUAUUGUGAACUUCUUUCCCAGUAGAGAUUUAUGCUAGGCUAGUGCUCUUGUUUUUGCCUAGAAAUAAAAUAUUUAGUAAUUAAUCCUCUUAAUAGUUUAAAGUCAGGGAUCCCGAAUGCUGCCGGUUCAAUGAUUUAAAGCUACCUCCUUUCAGGAAAGAGUAAGAUGAUUGCCUUGGGGUACAACAUUCACUUUUUUCAUAAUCUCUUAACUGAAUGGCAGGUUCAAGUUUCAGAAUUAAAACUAACUUGUUGAUAUUCUCUGACCAGACAUGCUGUUAGCUCUUACAAAGCAUAGUGGCACAACUGAUGUUUUGUUUUUGCCUUGUUAAGGACAAACAGCAGUUGUCAACUCUCAGAAUCUUUUGUCAAAAACAGCCUCCUUUGUACAAGGCAAAGUAUUUUUUUUAAGGCAAAGUAUUCUUAAAGAGUGACAUAGGGUAUAUUGUCCAUUGAUAGCAUGAUGUCAGCUAACUCAUAGUGCUAAGGUGAUAGAUUGGGAUAGCAGCAAAAAUCCCUAUUUUUAUUGUUACAUUGGAAUAAGUAACGGCCCUGGCUUUAGAUGCUGUGUUUAACACUAGAAAGGAUGUUUCAUUAAAAGAAAAAGAAUUAGAAGGGAGUCUUAACUGUGGAGUCUAUUGAUAAUGGAGAAAAUAUUGCUAAAGAGCUAUGAACACAAAAUUUGAAAUCACUACUUUUGAUAAGCAAUUUUUGGUAAUAACCUGCCUUGCUCAACCAUUUUAACUUUUUGUGUUUUUCUCCUUAAGGACUUUUCAGCUGUUAUUUGUGGGUUUGUUUUUUUUUUCUAUAAUGUUGGACUAGAAGAUCUUAAGAUCAGUAUAUUAGGAAGUAUUUUGGCAAUAGGAACUUUGGAAUGUGCAUUUGAACUUUCCAAGCAAAAAAUUUGUUAGAUGGAGAUCAUUGAAAUGUGCUGAAGUUAAAAUAAAAUUUUUUUUUAUAUGAACCUGAAAGACUGCCAAAAAUUUUUAAAUGCAGGGGCUAAGUAGAUACUACAGGAGUUAAGGGGCUUGUUUUGCAUGCAGCCAGCCUCAGUUCAGUCCCCAGCACCAUACAUGGACCCCUGAGCACAGACCCAGGAGUAAUGAGUACCGUUACGUGUGCCUCCCACCCAACGAGAAAAAAAAAUUUAAAUAUAGCCAGCAUAUAUCAGACCCUCAAUCACAGUUCCCAAAAAUCCGGGCUCCUUUAUGGGGCUGGAAAGAUAGCACAGCGGGUAGGGCAUUCGCCUUGCACGCGGCCGACCCGGGUUCGAUUCCCAGCAUCCCAUAUGGUCCCCUAAGCACCACCAAGAGUAAUUCCUGAGUGCAGAGCCAGGAGUAACCAAAAAGCCAAAAAAAAAAAAAAAAUUUGGGCUCCUUUAAAAAUAAUGACACUUAGGGUCAGAGCGAUAGCACAGCGGGUAGGGCUUUUGCCUUGCACUCGGCCGACCUGGGUUCAAUCCCCGGCAUCCCAUAUGGUCCCCCAAGCACCACCAGGAGGAAUUCCUGAGUGCGGCCAGGAAUAACCCCUGAGCAUCGCUGAGUGUGGCCCAAAAAGCAAAAAAUUAAGUAAAAAUAAUGACACUUGUUUUUAAUGACAAUAUAAUAGUGACACUUGGGUUGGCCACGUGAAGCUCUGACUCCAAAACUAUUUUGUAUAAAAUAGGACAUUGAUCAAGUAUAUACAACACAUUUAUUUUCAAUAACCUAAGAGCCUUUUUGGGCAAAUUUUCUCUUUAUUAUUUUCAGUGAAAAAUAAUUGGGCAAAUUAAAAAAGAUGGAUUUUUACCUUAACUAGUAACACUACUAGGAUGGAAUGUUGGAUUGUUUUCUAGGAAAGAAGUCAGUUUGCCUAUUAUCUUUUACCUCAGAAAUGCUUAGUGCUACCUGUUGUACUCAAGUGUAGAUCUUUUCAAACUCUAGGUGUGAACAUAGAACUCCAUUUCAAUUAAAAUACUGUGGCUAGUUUGCCUGUCAGUUGCCUACACUUAUAUGUAGUUAGUGCCAAUGUCUUCCUCUGUGAUCCUGAAUAACUCAGUGCUAACUUUUUAUUAAAUGUCAGGAUAAGAAGCCCUAGAAAUUAAACCUAAGCACAAGCCUUCAAGUAUUGAAACUUGAAAACCAUAAAAGCUAAAUUUCAGAUGAGUCACACUGAUAAAACUGCACUAUGCAUAAAAUGUGAUUGGUUGUUUUCAGGGAAGACAAUAAUAAAGCAAUAGUUAAUAGAAUUGAGGACACUGUUCCUUUUGUUUUCAGAAUUCUGCCCAGUAAAAUAGCUGCCAAUAAAAUCAGUAUUGAGAAUGUGCCAUGGAAGCUUCUGACUAAAGAAAACUUAGCAAUGCACUUAACCAACUCAUGUGUCCGAAUCCAGGUUACUUUGUUAGAUGACAGAGAGACAAGGAUAAAGGAGAAUGUCCUAGAGGCCCACAUUCUGGCGAUGGCAUUUACAAAUUUGUUAGAACACCAUUGUUUACCUAGGUAAACAUCUUAGUAAUGCAGCUGGUGGGAAUUUUACUUAGGUAAACAUUUUAGUAAUGCAACUGGAGGGAAUUGGAGGCACCUUUUGUGUAUUUUAAGGAGCAAAGUCUGGUGUUAACUAAAUGUUUUUUAACUUUUCAAUCCUGCGAAAUAGUGGCAUGUUUUUAAUCUUCAUUUCUCCCUCCUGAGAAAGGCACUUUCACUGCCUGUCACUGAUUCGCAGAUACUGAUUUGUUGCCAUUUAGUAAACUGAUUUUAUAUGUGUGCUAUAGAAAAACUUUAAAUUUUUUUUGAUAUCACUUUUUUCAUUGACUAAAUAAUGACAAAUUUAGUGUAUGUAAUUGUCUAUGCAUUUUAAGUUAAACUGCCUAAAAUGUGAUUUGAGACAUAUACAUUUGUUUGUAUUAUGAACUACAAGCAAUCUGAGAUGUUUGGUUUUAUCACCUGCUGCUGUAUUUGAAAACAAAGACAAAUAUUGCUUUAAGAAGUAAUUAUAAGUAGAAAUGGUUUAUGGAUAUGAUACUUGAUAUUUUUUUAAGAUAAACUUGUUUGCUUUUGUGUAUUAUACCUGAAAACUUUUUAAACUUGUUUUUUCAUGGUUGCA